AUGAAGCUACUACUCAGUCUUGCUUUGGCUGCUGUCGCCGCGGCUAGUCCGGUGAAUAUUACUACCCGCCAAUUUGACUUGGGAAAUGACCUCCGCACUGGACCUUGCAAGCCUGUGACUCUCAUCUUCGCUCGUGCUACUACCGAGCCUGGUCUACUUGGUAUCUCCACCGGUCCAGCCGUAUGCAGUGAUCUUCAACUAGCGAGACUAGGCCAAGUAGCCUGCCAAGGUGUCGGACCUGCAUACCAAGCCGAUCUACUGUCGAAUGUUCUUCCUGGAAACACGUCCCCGGUUGCGAUUAACGAAGCAGUCGGCUUGUUCGAGCAGGCUGCGAAGCAAUGUCCCGAUACACAAAUUGUAGCCGGAGGAUAUAGUCAGGGAACGGCCGUCAUUGCAGACUCCAUUACACAGCUACCUGCAGAUGUCAAGAAUAGGAUCAAAGGUGUAGUGCUCUUUGGGUAUACCAGGAAUGCACAGGAGUUUGGGGGUAUUCUUGGAUUUCCACAGGAUAAAGUGAAGGUUUAUUCUCAUUUUUCGUACAUCCUUAAUACCGGUGAUGCGAGCCAGUUUUUGCUAUCUAAGCUGAGUGUUUAG